AUACCAAAGUCAGCCACUAGGUGGCGCAAUUACACUAGUGGUGCUUUUAUCGACUUGUGUAAAGGAAUGGAACGUGUCGUGGGAUACAUUGACGGUGGCCAUCCAUUUUGUAGUUCUUACACUUUUAUUCCUGUACUGUAUGUUUCAAUAGUUGCAUGGACACGUCUGUGGAGGAAAAACCCAAUCUUCGAUUGGGCGAGUAGUGUUCCAAAGCAUACCGGUGAGAACUUUCUGGUAAAGCUUAACGUAGUCAUUUAGAUGUAAAUUUCGCGGCAUGAUUGCUUGAGGACACCUGUGCAGGUCGCAAGUUGCAAAGACACGGCAGACACACACAGCUCCACCCUCCACUCGUCUGUCCUGUUGACAACCCCACUCACAUUCUCUUCGGUGAGUUCAUCGGAGUGCUGAUACACCUACAACACCUAUUUUCAGUGUUCAUCAGCAGGAAGACAAAGAAGCAAGUGAUAGUCGUUCAACAUGAACUGGGCUUUCCUCCAGGGCCUCCUCAGCGGGGUGAACAAGUACUCCACCGCCUUUGGGCGCGUGUGGCUCUCCAUUGUGUUCGUCUUCAGGGUGAUGGUGUUCGUGGUGGCGGCUGAGAAAGUGUGGGGCGACGAACAGAAGGACUUCAAAUGCAACACGGCUCAACCGGGUUGUCACAACGUGUGCUACGACCACUUCUUCCCCGUUUCCCAUGUGAGGCUGUGGGCCCUGCAGCUCAUUUUUGUCACCUGCCCCUCGUUCCUGGUGGUGAUGCACGUAGCUUACAGGGAGGACCGGGAGCGGAAAAACCGCCUCAAGUACGGCGAAAACUGCCGUCGCCUCUACGAGAACACCGGCAAGAAGCGCGGGGGCCUGUGGUGGACGUACGUCCUCACCUUGGUCUUUAAAGUCGGUGUGGACACCACUUUUGUCUACCUUCUGUACCAUAUAUACGAGGGCUAUGACUUCCCCUUACUCAUCAAGUGCGAACAGAAGCCGUGUCCCAACAAGGUGGACUGCUUCAUCGCCAGGCCCACCGAGAAGAGAAUCUUCACCAUCUUCAUGGUGGUCACCAGCAUGUUGUGCAUCUUCCUUUCCAUUUUGGAGAUCAUCUACCUGGUGGGAAAACGCUGCCGUGAGUGGUUCACCCCCAACCAUCACUCUCACCACAUCGUCACCACCAGCGGAAGCAACUUGAUGGAGUCCAAUGCUCUGAACUCUGUCUCAGAAAAGAACACCCCCCGAACCCCUGCCCCUGCCUACAGUGUAGCUAUAUCUUGAGAUCAUGAGCCACCCCCGCCCCCUCUUUUUCAAACAAAGACUUAAACAAGACAGGGACUUUCUUAUAGACUUAAGGACAUGAUCUGUACGCCUCCAUCUUGCCUCUCUAUGGCGCUCGGCUAGGAGGCAAAGAAAAGGCAAGUUUGUGCAGUGCAGUGUUGAUAUCAUUACAUGAGUCAGCCCAUGGUUUGGACACGCUCUCAAACACGCACACACACACACACACACACACGGGUUCUGUGGAAGAUUUUCCUCUCUGAUGGUUGCCAAGCCUCUAAAUGUUUCCGUUCAAGCUGUACUAUGUUUCCUCAAAUCGUACAUACUCAAAACGGUCAAAAGUUUUGGGACACAAUUCUUACUCAACUAACUAGGGAUGGAAUUUUUUUUGGGUGGGGCUGGUAGUAUCAUGGUACAAGCUCCUCCUCCCAAGUCCAGAUAAAUGGAAGCGUCGCACCAGGAAGAACAUCCGGCAUUAAAACGACGCCACUCAAAUCAUGUGAGUGACGUUUAUAAAGGGAUAGGAGAAUCUCGCCGUGAAUGUUCCGAACUCCUGUUUCCAUGCCGGCGUUAUAUUGAGCAGGUUAAUGCUGCCUGCGAAGGAGUUGCGCCACAGAGAGCGACCUAACUUCAUAGCUGAUGUCACAUGUCUCAGCAGCGCCUCUGCUGGGUGCAGCCAAGCAGUGCACUCCGUUGCUUCAAGAUGCCUUUACUUAGCAAUGAUCAAUUCUACACUGUCCAAAUUGAUAAAGAUCAAUUAUGUGAUGGCGUGAACUCAACCCCAUCAAACCAUUUUGGGAUUAUAAGUAUUCCCAGAAUAGUGUGUAUUUUUCUUCCAUUUUUACUUCCUGUUUAUGUCAUGGCCGUGUGUUCCAAUACUUGUGUCCACUGUGUGUGUGUUUAUUUGCUGACUUUGUUUACAUAUUUUUUUUGUAAUUUAUCACCAUUUUGGUAUGAAACUUUUACACUGUUAAGAUGUAUAUUUUUCAUUAAAUACACUUGAUUUACACUUCUUGAGCUUGUAUUGCUUGUGGAGAGCUCCAUCUUUGUACGCCGCCAUGUUGCUAGGAGCAACACCCUGGUUUGUGUUGUGUUGAUUGGUACUUUGAGGAGGAAAAGAGGGAGGAGCCUCCCUGCUCCUUGCUUUGAUUCAUCCCCAAUGACGUGCACGGCCCACCCACGGCAGGAAUUCAGUGCUCAUGCUGCCUCGCUAUAGAUGAUUCUUUUA